GUGUACUGUAUAGACAUGAUAAUUCUAAACUUAUCAAUUAUUAAUUACUCAAUCAUAUUUAUCAUUUACAUACAUAUAACUAAAUAUUUAUUAAAUAUUUCUUUAUGUAACCUUUAGAUAUUCAUUAGAUUUGAAUGAUUUGGCAACACCUCAAACAGUUGGACAUGUAUUUGUUAUGAAAGCUACAGCUUAUCCUAUAGAUGAAUAUAAUUUUUCAUCGAAUCCACCAAUUGAUUCUUUAAACAAUAAUUUCUCUUUAAUUUCAUUGAAAUGUUCAACAACAACAUCAACAACAACCACAGUAUCAGGAGCAUGUUGUGCAAAGUUGAAAAAAGACAUAUCAUAUCAAGACAAUCAUAUUCCAGGAACAAUAACCACAACGUCAACAAUAAAUGAUACAUGUAAACAUAAGAGUAAUAACAAUAUAUCUGAACCUUUGCAUACAAACAAUAAACCAAAAUUAAGACGUGCAUAUUCGCUGAAAAAACAAUCAUCAUCAACAUCUAAGCGAACACAACCAUAUGAAGAUUUAUUAUUGUUUAAUGCAAAUUUGAAUGAGAAUAAUAAUAACACCAACAACAGUUUAGACAAUGAUGGUAAUAAUGACAAUUAUAAUCGUAGGCAUGGAUUAUUAUUUCUAGGGGAAAGUUCAACAUGUUUACGCAAUAACAUAUUGCCUACAGAUAAGAUUGAGAAAAUUACUAGAAUGUAUGAUGAAAAUGAGGCGGAUAAAAUACACAGACAGAAAACAGUUAAAACAAUUUCUGAAAAUAAUCAUCGACCUACUCAUUCAUCAUCACCGCCGUUAUCAUCCAAAGUAGUCCUGCAAAAACUGGACGAAAUAAAAAAUGACUCAUCCACUUAUAAACCAGUCUCUAAAAUUGUUUAUUCAAAAACAUUGAAUAGUCAAAGUAAUCAUUGCCCAGACUUAGAGACAUCAGAUGUUACUGAUACAUUUGUAAAUCAUUAUAAUAAUUCCAAGAAAUAUGAUAUGCUACAUGGAGAUCAUACAAUUUGCUUUGAAACUGAUAUGGAAUUAAAUAAGAAUUAUUUCCAAAAUAUUGAACAAAAUUCAAAAGUAAAGAAAUUAACCAUUUCAACGGCUAUAACGAUGACGGCAACGACAACAACAACAACGAUAUCAGAAACUGUAACAAAACCAGUUAAUUCUGAAUGUCCAACAUUAACUUUGUUGUCUGCUCCAAGGAUAUCACUGCCUCAUGAGAUUUAUCAAAGUGAACAAAAUAUUUGGGAUAAAAGUUCAAACAGUAGACAACAACAACAAAAUAAUAAUCCACACACUUAUCGUCACCAAAUAUCAUCAGAUUCUCAACAAAAUAAAAGUUUAAAACUUGAAUCUAAUACAUCAUCACCUGGAGCUAGUAGUCGAGCUAGUACUGUAUUUUGUCCACCAUGGGAUACUGCCCCAAUUGGUCCAUAUAUUGCAGAUUUAUUAAAACUGAAUCCACCGUUCUCAUCAACUCUUGAUGAUUUACAACAAUCUCCUAAUACUUAUCACUCUAAUGAUUAUAAUUCCAAUAAUCUUAAUAAUAGCAAAAUUCAUUCACAAUCAAGGAAUACACAUUAUCAACGUAAAGAUUCUACACGGAGUCGUAGUAAAACAUUAUCUAGUGUUGAACAUCAAUUAUUGAUUGGAAAUUUACUUACUGACUAUAAUAAUAAUUAUUGUUCUUCGUCUACUGCGACAACAACAACUACUACUGAUAACAAUUCAGUAAUUUCACCUUCAUCACUAUUAAAUAGUAAAAAUAAAAUUGAUAUGUCUAAUCUUUUCAGUCUGUGGGAACAACAACAACAACAAAAUCAGUCGAACAAUAGAGAAUUAAAAGAAUUGUCAUCAACAUCACUAGGAAAUAUGAAUGAGUUUUUCAAAAGCCUACAAAAUGAUUUUUUAACUGAAACGACAACCACGGUAUUGGAAACAUUAUCGACGACGGUGACGAUGUCAGCAGCAGCAACAACAAAUUCGUUAACAAUGAAGGAUGAUGGUGAGAAAUUGUCACCACCACUUCCAGUGAGAAGUAAACGUGGACUAAAUGAUCCUUAUUCACUUGUUAAUGUAUCAAAAAAUAAUUCAUUAGAUUACAAAUUACAUUCAUUUAUUGAUUUUACAGAUGACAUUAGUCCAUAUGCUGUAACUGCCUGUCAUUCAAUGAAUUAUAAUAAUAACGAUAAUAAUAAUAAUAUUAGUAACAAUUCAGCACAAGAUUGUUCAUGUCUAACAUCAAGUGAAUUACAAACUUCUUCAUCUCAUAUAACGAGACCAUUUAAUAAUCAUCAUAUUCAUGGUAAACUUCGUGAUGAUAAUAAUAAUGGUAAUAAAAAUGUAGAUGAUAGAAGCAAUAUUAACAUCAAUACCACUACCAAUACUACCAGUAAUGGUGCUACAAUUGAUAAUCACAAUACCAAUUACAGUGUAACUAAUAAUGCGGAUAGUACUACUAUCGAAGAACUGAUACCGUACGAUUAUUCCUUGUCAAAUAAAUCAGUACCUUUAGAUUUCUGCCAGAAUCCAUUAAAUAAUUCGUUGGAUAGUACUACAAGCCAUGGUAAAAUAUGGCCGGAAAAUUAUGUUUAUGCUCAAGUACUACCAAAACAUUUACGUGAUCAAGCUCAAUUCACUGAUAUCAAUUCAUUUGAUCAUACAAUCACAUUUCGAUCAGAUCCAUUCAAUGAUAUGCCACAAAUGGAAUUUAAUAAUUUAAAAACUCUUGAACAUAUAUCAUUCAAUAAAAAAAAUGAACUAACUGAUAAAGAUUCAUUUACACAACAAUGUAUUGCACCUUUAUCAAUUAGUGAAUCAUUACAAUCUUCAUCAUCUACUAAUUCAUUAGCUUCAUCAUUUGAUUCAAAAACAUCACUUUCAUCAUGGAAUUCUUCAGAAUCUUAUUCACAAAUACCUAAUAAAUCAGAACAAUAUCAUUUAUCAUUGAAUAUAAAUAUAAAUAAUAAAUUCAUUCAUUCAAUAAAUACAAAUCAAUUGAAUUUUGAAAAAGUUUCAUUAUUAACUCAUGAACAAUUACAAUCUUUAAAUAAUUUAGAUAAAUUAAAUUGGUCUAAUGAUUUACCGCAAAAAUCAAAGAGAAUUGGUCGACAUAUUAAAAAAUUUUUUCAUAGAUUAAUGACUAAUCCUAAAAAUCAAAUAGCAGAACAAAUUAAUUUAUUUAUAGAAUGUACAAAAGCAAGCAGUGAUCGUGGUCCAUAUCGAACAAUGCAAUCAAUUCGCCAAUUCAUCAAUGGUAUGACCAAUUAUCUCCUCAAGAAUCCAUAUCUUGGUCUUCCAAAAGCUGUUGAACGAGAGAAAAAGGAGUUAAAUGAAUUCGGAUAUAUAAAUGUUGGUUUUCAUUUAGAAUCAGCUUUACAACGAUAUAUUCUUAAACCAUUACAUUUUCAUGUGAUUAAACAAUUAGAACAGGAACAAAUAAAGAAUACGGAUCUCAGUAACUUACAAAUUAAAGUUCAAAAAUUAUGUGAUCCCGAAAUUCGAGCAUCAGAUCUUGGAAUACAGGCAUCUAUCGCACCGCCAAAAGAAUCUCUUAUACAAUAUGUGGUCAAUGUUUAUUCACAUUUAACAAAUACCUAUUCAGUUCAACGGAAAAUCAAUUAUCUUAUUUCUAUAUUUAAUUAUAUUCGAAAAAGUAUAUACAAUUUGAAAUCGGAUCAAGAAUUAGAUGCAAACUCUUUGAGUACUGAAGAUCUUCAUGCCUACUACGCUUGGGUAUUCGCUCGAUCUGGCCUACUUCUCACAUCACUUAAUCCAACAAACAACCAUGACAUUGGAUUACAAACCACUUCACUUACAAACAGUAAUAAUAAUAUCAACAAAUCAAUAAUCUGUCCAGCUGCAUUACAAGCUGAUUAUCUAGAUGGAGUUUUAAAUACCCCUCAACUAAAUGAUCAAGCAACAGGACUGAAUGAUUUAUUCGGCUCACUGUAUUGGAUAUGGAAUGAUAAAAAUGCAUUAUAUCAAUCACAUGAAUCUAGUCCAUUGACACAACAAAAACUUUUAAACACGGAACAACAAAAUGCUUCAUCAUAUUCCAUAAAUAAGCAAGAACCGCAAUUAAUUACUCAAGAUGAAUCAUUACAGAACAUGGUCAAUUCAUUUAAUUUAGGUUCCUCGAAAUACAUUCCAUAUCACCAUAAGCAAGAUCAUUCAACCUCUAUGGAAAAUAAAAAUUCAUCUAAUAGUUUAUUUCGUUUAACUACAGAAUUUAGUAGACGACGUAUAAUACCACCACGUCGAAGAAAAACUGUCACAGGUGUAAAUUUGCCAAAAAUACCUAAUAUUGAAAAUUCGAAUGAAAUAAAAUCUUCUCCAACUAAAAUACAACAUAAUGUUAAACAUCUGACAGCCGAUUCGAGUAUGAACACUACUAGACAGUACUCAAAUCUAUCAAAACCUCAGUCCAUUUCCCAUUUAACAUUGAACGAAGAUCACUUUAGUCCUGUUCCAUUGAAUCAAAAUAAUAAUAACAAUAAUACAUUAUCAAGAUGGCGUCCAUGGAUUGCACAACCAACCUUGCUGACGCAUUCAACAAGUACAUGUCCUCUACCUGUUCAAUCUUCUUCUCUUUCUUCGACCGCAAAUCUACAAAUGUCUUCUACAUCUCCCGUUCAUGCGAAUACAGCAAACUGUUUACAAGUAUUAGUAAUGAAUGAAGAAACGAACCAGUUACAGGCAUUAAAUUAUCCAAUAAGGCCAAACAUGACAGCUAGAGAGUUAAAUAAUUUGAUAGCAUUUCAAAUGAGAAUAUUUGAUUCAAAAGAUUUUGGAUUAUUUGCUUACAUUAAUGGAACAGAAAUUCAAUUAGAAGAUGAACUACGAAUAGCUGAAUAUACUAGUUUAAAUUCAGAUAUUUCAUAUUCAGCACAUUUACUUCCAACAACAAUGACAAUGGUUACAUCAUCACGUUCACAAACCGGUACACCUAAUUCACUUAAAGACCAUGAAACACUUCCAUUCAAAAGUCAUGUUUCUAUUAGUUCACAUUCUGAUUCUACUACCAGUAGUUCAUCUGACUUUCGAUCACGAACAGUAUCACAUCGUACGGGAAAGUCAAAUCGAAACCGUGCUGCUUGGUGGACAAUGUGUGGAUCGAAUGGUCAAUCAAAGCAUCAAUUAGUAGUACCAGUUCAAGAUUCAACUUGUAAAAAUACUACAGAAUAUCAUGAAAAUUCAGGCUUGCAUAAGCCAGUGUUAGUUUAUAAACGUAAAUCUGGCUAUUUUGCCUUAUCUGACCGUCUGUUGGGAUCAGGAUUAAAAUUUAUCCAACAACAAAACUUAGAAUUACCUUCCCCUGAACAAUCAUAAUUGUGUAAAAUAAAUCAAAAGAGUUUCGAAUCAUUUAAAAAAUUCCAAACUCCUGUAUUCAACUGAACUUCCAAAAUUCUCGUAUUUCAUGACCCAAAAUGUAUUUUAGAAAAUAUCUCACCGAAAAUGUAUGUUACUUAUAAAUUUAAUCAGUAGUAACAGAUAACAAAUUAAAAAACAUUUUACAAACAAAUUGUCUUAAAUCGAUCUAAACAAAUCCUUACAAUGAUGUGCAUUUAAUCGAACCAGAUUUUCUAUUCAUUGUUUUAUUACAAUCAGUUGAAGUGUUCAACAAUAUGCUUCAGUAGAUACACAAACAUAUGGCACUAUUCAUAAUAACAUUUAUUAUGAUUUUAACUUUCAUUUCAUAGUAUGACUUGACUAAAUAUUUAUGCUUACGAUGCUUCUACUUAUUAAAGUCUAUUUAAAAGUAAAUUAAUACAAUGAUGGCAGUUCUGUCUGUGUAAUCCUUCUUAUCAUUAAUUUGUUUUCUUCAUAUCUAUAUAUUUUUUCUUUUUGUUGAAAGUGGUAAUUAUAAUUUUUGCAUUG